UUUAUAAAUGUUUUUGUAUGGACUUAUAAUAUCAGCUCUUUUUAACAUAGUUUUGCUGGUAAUAAUCUUCUCUCUGUGCAGGAGUAGAAGUAAGUACAAGAAAAUCAUAAAGGAAAAAAUAAAAAGACGAUAUGUUGUAAAACCGCUAAAGAACAACUAUAUGGUUGAGGAGAAUGUCCUGAACAACACACCUGAGGACAUAACAAAGGUUAAGGAAGGUAUCAACAUGGUAAACUUGUUUCAAAAGGAAGUGGACAAUGAGAUUACUAACAAUUUCUUGAAAAAAUUAUAGACAGGUGUCAUAUGUGUAUUAAAAAGGACUUGAAACUCCUAAGUCUUCGGUGGAACACCAUCGAGACCCUAUUUAACGUUGAUAACAUCUCUGAAUAUGUGGAGGAACAUAAGCAUCAAGGAGACUUGAUAACUCCCUUGAGACGGACACUUUCCUCUGGGAAUCCAGAGACAAAGAGUACAUUGGAGCAGAUCCCUCAUAAGAUCAAGGAGAUUAGAGAGAACCUCUCCACUAAUACUGACCUUCUACAAGAGAUAAUUGGAGACAUGAAGUCUGAAAUUGGUAGCGAAGCUGAAGGCGAAAGCGAAGAGGAUGAAGAAAAUUCCUCAGAAGAAGAAGGUGAGGGUUCUAAUGCAAAUAUUACCCAUGAAGAAUCAGAACCAAAGGAAUUCCCUGCUUCAGAUCUAAUUUUAGAAACUGUUGAGGAGGAGGAAAACCAGCAUAAGAAGAAUGGGAGCCCUGAUCCUCAGAAUUUCCUAAAUAUUUCAACUAAUUUUCAUAGUGGAAACCUACGUAACGCGCAGAGUAUCAAUAGAAAACUUUCUGCUGUUGAAAAUGUGAAGCUAGUGAAUAGGUCUGCUAGCAAAGCUCUUUAAUGCAUAUAACUUUUUACGUUUUUCAA